UUAUUGCAAGUCGCAGUGCCAGUAAACUUGAGAUCGUCAAAGUGUUAGCACGGUUAGCAUUGUAUUAAUAUCUAUUUGGACGUAGCUAGCUACAUACUAUCUAUCUAUCAUCAUCCCGACGUAGGGUCUACCGUUGUUUUCCGUUCGUGUCGGUAGUAGCCAAAUGCUAGUUGGGCCUUAAAAUAUCUACGCAUAGCAUGUGAUGGAAGAAAUUUGUUAAUAAACUGCAUACACAUCGACUGUGUAUAGACACACAUACCUACAUAUUUAUUUAAUAAAAAUAAUAAAUAAAUUCUUUUAAUACCAUUUAUCUUGAACGACAAACUAAAUAAUUGAGAAAAUUUACGGCUACCAAUUAGUACGAAACGAAAAUUCGGCUAGACAGCGUACUGUGUUACGUUCGGGAAAAGAAAACAAAAACAACGUAGCAGUUAAUUACUCUUACAAAAAAAAUUAAAUUACUACCUCGGUCGGAAGGUGGUAAGAACUAACGAAAAUGAGUGAAAAUCAUAAUGACCACAAUCAUAAUGUCAACAAAAUUAAAUCUCUAAAGGAGUUUAAAGCGCCCGUAUUCAAGGAAGACGAACUGGUCGUCUAUGUCCAUCCCUACAACUUCCAUUCCCAAAAAGUGCUCUUGCUGCUUUAUGAGAAAAAUAUUGAUUUUACACCUUAUGUAGUGGAUCUUUUGAAUGGAGAACAAUAUUCCGAAUGGUUCCUCAAUCUUAAUCCAAAAGCUGAUGUACCUGUUUUACAGGAUGGUUCCAUUGUGGUGCCAGAUUCGGUACAUAUCAUAAACUAUGUUGAAAAUAAGUUCCAUGGAGGUGAUUAUAAAACCCUAAAACCCAAACGAGGCAAUAAAUUAGAAGAUGAAAAAAUGCAAGUGUACGAUCAAAUAUUGAGUCGCUUACCUGUGGGAGCCCUAAGUUUGGGAUCAUUUAUACAUGAUGAUUUGAAAUUGGUACCAAAACCACCAUUUAUUGGACCGAUUCGCAAGACAUGUUUAAAGAAUAAUGAAAGGGUACAUGAGUUGCUGAAAGAAUCCAUAGACCGAGUUGAGGACCACAAGAUGGCCCUGUUGCGUAAACUGGACCUGCAAGAACGUAGAAAACGUCUAGUUUAUUCACGUUUAGAAUAUCAAAAGAUAUUGGAUGCCAUUCAAAAUGUUUUACGCUUCAUUGAGGAUGACAUGAAUGCCAACAGUCACAGAGAAUGGUUGGUAUCCAAUGAUUUCAGCAUGAUUGAUGUUUGUUUCGGUCUGCUAUUGCUGCGUUUAUACCAGCUGGGUUUUGAAAACUACUACUGGUCCUAUGGUAAACUGCCACGUAUUGAAAGUUACUUUUUGCGUUUCAAGAAGCGACCUUCGUACGACAAAUUAAUGCCCAGCAAUUUCGAAAUACUCAAGGACAUUUGGCAAAUGACUCCAUCUAAUUAUAUUAUUGGCGCUGGAGCCGGUGUCCUAGGUAUGGCAGUGUUUGCGGCAUUUGCUCACAAAUAACAAAGCAAGACAUACAAACGUGCACAUCCAUACGAAAUAAAACACAAAUGAUUAUUAAUAAAAUUGAA